UCCUUGGCCGAUGUAAGAAAUUGACGAAUUAGCGAACUACGGGCAGAAAGAAGAUCACAGAGAGAGACAGAGAGCUGAGAGCAGAGAGAUCAGGCGAGGCGAGGCGAGGACGAAGAAGAAGAUAGCGCGAGGAUGAUGGCCGGCAAGUAUACGCAUCUCGACAACCAGAAGGUUUCUGGAUCUGUUGAUUCUGUUCCCGCGGUAACGGAUUCGGGGGAGGUCGCCAUUAAAUUCGCCGAUUCAAAUCUUGAAACUUUUCCUCCAUCUCAAGCUCGGGGGAAGAUCUCUGGUGGAUCACGCCCUCCUCGUGAUGCAGAUGAUACAUUUUCAAAAACGUCACUCGGUUCUGAUGAAGCUCAGCCGGGUGGAUGGUUUCGAAGUUUCACGGUCGACGCAUAUAAACCGUACUUUGAUGUAGACACCUCCGACGUGUUAGAUAGGAUUAAGGAGUCACUCUUUCCAUUCAAAGGGAGUUUCACUGAGAAAACGGCCAGCAACCCCGAUCUGUAUGGACCAUUUUGGAUAUGCACUACCCUUAUAUUUGUGGCUGCUGCAAUUGGCACUUUUGUAACUUAUGUAGCGCACGAACUGAAGAACCAAGAAUGGAACUACGACAUAAAUCUCGUUACCUGGUCUGCCGGGGUCUUUUAUGGUUAUGUCACCAUUGUUCCUCUCGGGUUAUAUGUAAUCCUCAAGUAUUUCUCAGCACCUUCAGGCCUUGUCCAGCUGUUCUGUCUUUAUGGCUACUCUCUGUUUGUCUUCAUUCCGGCAUUGUGCCUCUCUGUCGUGCCAUUGGAAAUCUUCAGAUGGGUGAUAGCAGGUGUUGCUGGGUUCAUGUCCGCGACGUUUGUGGCGCUCAACCUUCGAGCGCACAUCAUGUCAGCUGGUGAGAGAUGGUUUUUCAUUGUGGCUGCGAUCUUCCUCUUGCAGGUUGCUCUAUCCGUCGUGCUAAAACUUUACUUAUUCACCGUCACCGUAUAAAGACCUGAUUGCACUUCCAAGUCAUAGGCCAUUGUAGAUUUACAUAUGCAUUCAAUGAUAGCAAAUUGCUCACCUCCCGCUAUAGUUAUUUUGCGAGUUAAGGCGAGGGGCUCCACAGUAUAAAAUAUGUCAAAUUGUACCUUUUUGGAAAACACUGAGAGUACAUAUGUUGCCGUUGAGAGUAUUAGAAACAUGCCUUCAUGUCUGCAACUUUACACAUUUGUUGGUUAUGAAUCUUAUGAUCGCAUAAAUUGUUUCCUCAUA